AUGCAGAUCCUUGUGCUGAUUCUUGGAAUCGUGCUGCUCCCUAAAGUCUGUCCAUUGAAAUGCUAUGACUGCAUACCUGGACCAUCUGGAAGCUGCAAUGAGACAACAAGAGAAUGCCCAUCAUAUACUCAGUGUGGUUCAGUCAAAAUGACUUCAAAUAUGGGUGGUUCAGAAUUUAAACUUACAGGGAGAACUUGUGUUACGCCUGAUCAGUGCUUCAAUGGCUCAGUCAACCUUGGAUUUGUCCAAACUGUAUUUAACACCAUGUGUUGCACCUCUGAUCUUUGCAACUCUCAAGAUCUCCCUGAGGGCAGCAUAGGCUCCCCAAAUGGGAGAAAGUGCUUCCAAUGUGUCGAAAACGAUUGCACCAAAACUCUAAGCUGCAGUGGAAAUGAGGACUAUUGCAUCUCAGUAGCAGUGACUGCAGAAGAGCAAAAGGUGACUCUAAAGGGCUGCGCCUCCAAGCUGAUUUGCUCAAACACACAAUAUGCAGAGAUCUUUGGAGCAGAAAUUAGCUGCUGCCAGGGUGACCUCUGCAACAGUGCCAGCACUGCUGACACAACAACAACAUCACAGCCCAGCAGUAAAACUGUUGGCACUACAACAAGUGCUGGCCUUUUGGUCUUUGUGACAUUGCUGAUCAUAUUGGUUUUGUUCUCUUAG